AACUUAAAAAGUUUUUUGUUUUGCUUUUGUAGUAGACACCAGGUUUUGUCGCUAAACGUAACUGUAAUUUUAUCCAUUGUGAUCCGGGCACAAAUUUAUAUAUCUUGCAUAAAUAUAGCUUUGUAUGUUUGGCUCCAGGAAAGGAACAAUCUACUGCGUUCGGCCAGAACAAGGCACUUGUGUCUCAAGGCGCCACUGUAUUUUUCACUGUAUCACUGUUUUUUUUGUGGGGGGUCUAAAUUGUCUGAUGCGCGACAACCUUUAGAUUACGUUAACUCCCUAGACUGUCCUUUCAUUUGCACUCUUGAGUACAUGCAGGUGUUGAGGCACUGCAUAGCCCCUCCCACUCCACACUGGUAGCAUUGCCCUGUCCAGUCCUACUACACAAGAGUGUGGCACAUUAUUUCUUUCACAGAUAAAAAACAAGACUCCUGUAUACAGCCGACCCCUGCAUCCUUGCAGAUUUUUUUUAAUUUUUUUAUUUUGUUCUCUUUUUUUUUUUUUUUUUGUGGGUAAGCAACCAAUCGUGAAAAAAACGUAAUCAAUAAUCUUUGGGGUUAUUUAUUUAUUUAAAUUUUAUUUUUUUAAUCAAUGCAGUUAUAAUGCCGCAGAGGGAGUAUUUCAAACUCCCCUGUUGCACAGAAAAACUGCUCCAGCAUAAAAUAAAAGCAUACAGAGCCGCCAUUUUGCAUUGCCAAGCAUCAUAACAGGAUAGGUUAAGAAUUUUUUUUUUUUUUUUAUAUAUAGUUUUAUCUUAAAUUUACUUACUUUUUUUCAUUAUAUUGUCUAAAAAUAAAAAUAAAAUCUAUGUAACUCCAAUUGCCCCCCCCCCCCAAUCCAAUAAACAACAAAAAUAAAUGCAUUUCGUGUUUAGGAAAGACAAAAAUGUACAUAUGUGGUGACCCACAAGAGGAAGAAAUUAACUCGGGGCGUGUCUCUUCAAGGGCGGGGCAGGAGAUGAAAGUGUCAAAGGGAGUUGUUGGCUUCAAAGGGAGUGGUUGGCUGUUUGAUGUCAAAACAGUUUGUAUGUGGAGAGUGACAGUUAUUUACCGUAUCUCCACAGAUGCAUGCUUUUCACAUUUUUUAUUUAGAUUUUAGAUUUUAUGCUGAAUGCAUGCUCUAAAGUGAAUCCAAUUUAUUAUUCCUUGUUGCAGUACUUAGACCCGCUACUGCACUUCAGAUGGUCGCUAAACAAAACUUGAGACACACAUUUGUGGGUUUUGAAGCAGUCAAAGGAAGAAGGUUACGGCAACUGUCACGGAACACCAUAUUUAGGACACUCGACGCAUAUGCGAAGGACAGAACAAUCCAUCUGCUAUCAGAGAUUAAAAACACUCCAGAAGUUUUUCAAAAGUGUUUUUCGGACUAAAACGGAGUAUCAGAAACUGUGCAUAUGACAUUUUGCAAAGAUCUCCUGCAAUUGUGCAUAUUUAGAAAUGUGUACCAUCCAGUAUGUGUGUAUUGAUAUAUUUGCACGAGAGGCAUGUAGGGAGAGCGCGCGCUUUGUACGUCUGAGAUGGAGCUUCGGGCUGCUAAUUCCCUUUUACAGGAGUGGGAUUAUGAGCUAUUCUAAUCCCAAUCCCCAUAUGGGGAGUGUGUGUGUGUGUGUGUGUGUGUUGUACGUGGAUAUGUCAGCCGGUUCGAAAUCAGUUUUCCUAAAUUGAAAUUAAAUGAAAUGGCAUUAAUCUGUUCCAGGCUUCCAAAAAAAUACAAGGAUUUUAAAAAUGUAAUACAGCAAAAACAUUGCUAUAUUAUAUAAAAAUUGAAUGUAACAUAAAAAAGAAUUAAAGCAAGGAACUGAUUUCAGAAUGUGUAAUUACUGUACAUACCAUGGUAUUCGUGUGUUGGAUGUGUGCCUUUAAGGGGCGUGGCCUAGUUGAGUGACGUCAGGCGCUGGAGUUGGUUAGUCUGCGUGUAAGCGUGAGUUGUGGCCUACAGCAGCUCCUUGAGAGUGUCACUGUAAGUGACUCAGUAUACUGCAGUAAUAUUACUUCCGCCUUACAGCACUUUGAAUGUCAACAUUUUGCUUGCAAGUGAAGACAUGGAACAUAUUUGAGCUUUAGUUGGCUCCAGGUUGUCCUGGUUCAAAACCAAAUGGAUUCUUGCUCCAAUGUGGAUGCGUUGCAAAUCCCUCCUCCUCUUUCUUCCCAUGAAGACGUUCCCAAAAAAAGUCUCCAUUUCUGUCAGUGACAUAAGGCUUAUGUGAGAAGCCAGUAGGGCGGGGUCAGAGAGGCUCAGUCUGGGGGAUUAUCAUUGUACCCCCUCACACACACAUAAACACCCACACAGCAAUUGAGGCUGAUUUGCACCACGGCUGAGGUUUUAAACCCGGAACGAAGGGCUUUAAGGAUCGGAGCAUCCCGGUCGUGUCGUCAGUCGCCGUGGAAACCAGAGCAGGUUCAGCAUCAGGAGACCCGGAUGCGGCGAGGUGGGUCCAACACUUGCGUCUGUGGAGGAUGGAGGGCGAUUGGGCCCAGCUGAGAGGUUCCAGAGGAGGCGCCAGGAGAACGGAGCGAGUGUGCUCUCGCGAGGAGAAGAAAAGAAGGAAGGCGGCCAAGCCGGCGGAGGAAGGUCCGGCGGGCGCGCAGAAGUUCCAUCGUGAUUAUUCGUCGUCUGCAUCCAGCGGCUCGCAUGACGGUCGCAGCUCGGCGGCCAGCAACUUGGACGUGGCCGACCGGCUCACCUACCUGGAGCAGAGGAUGCAGAUGCAGGAGGACGAGAUCCAACUGCUGAAGAUGACCCUGGCCGACGUUCUCAAGAGACUCAACAUCUCCGAGGAGCACCAGGCCGCCAAUGCCGCCGCAUCGGGCAGGAGGGCGUCGGGCACAAGAGGGAGGCCCAUCUCCUUGGGUCUGCCCCCCAGAGCGCCCAUCGGGUCCUCAGGAGUCGCCAGCUUGAGGAAGAGCUCCACACUACCAUCUGGAGCUACCUGCAGGAACUACAGCCCGACACCCCCUCGCUGUGGCGCCAGGAGCCCGGCGGGAAGCGUGAAGGACAGUCCAUGUAAGACCCCCAAAACACGUCCAUCCUCAUCAGCAUUGUCCUGUAUGAGCACACAAGAAGGGAGCAGCAGAUCCAAGGAGGGACCUGUGAGUUUAGGCAUGAGGCGAGUAACGCACAGCAAAGUGACUAUGCAGAUCUAUCUGAGCCCCCUCGCAAGAAAGACUGGGUCUUCUGAGACCGCUGCUACAUCUGCACCGACGGUACCUGCAGCCGGCGGCGGAGGUGGCACCCCCCAGGCGAGGGGUGCAGCCAAAUCCGAUGCAAGGAGGAAGAGCCCCUCCUUCAUGUUGAACCUCCAGAAGAACAGUACCAAUGUGACCAGUCAGCAGAACACGCAGCAGGAUGCUAACAGCUACAAAAGCCCCCAAAAGUCCGCCAGCCAGUACUUUCAAAUUUGUUACUGACCAGCAAACAACGCCUACAUUUUGUCACAUUACCUUUUGAUCUUCAUUGUUUUGGCUUAUUUAUUGAUUUACCAUAUUUAAAUAGUGACGAUUCUAGUAGUGAGUCUUGAGGAACGCCACAGUUAAAUGCAGAGUUCCUUUAACCUUAGCUUCAAACCCAAAUUGAAAACAAACACUAACCCUUGUUUGAAACCCUAAUUUGAUACUCUAUCCCUGGUUUGAAACACUAACCCGUGCUCGGAACCCUAACCUUGGCUUCAAAUCGUAAUUUACCACUCUAGCCCUUAUUUGAAACUAAAACCUCGGCUUGAAACCCAUGUUUAAAACUCCCAAUUAAUCAAUUUGAAUCCGAACCUUUGUUUGAAAUGCUAACUCUUCUUUGGAACCCCAACUUCAAACACUAACCCUUGUUACUCAACUGUAGGUAGGAGGACGCGUCUACUGUGGGGAGGCCUUUAUUUGUAUCCAUUUUUAAAUAAUACUCACUUGAGGCACCACUUCUGUCACCAGAUAUGGUUCUACUGGAUCACAUAAUCAUCGCCAUCUCCGUGCAGCACACUUUAGAUUCAUGCAUGAGACUGUUUGCUUACAUGCUUCACAAGGUGCUGCUGUUUUGCUUAGCAACUGAGUUCAAAUGGUGUCCGUUAACCCCUGACAACGAUUAUCAAUCCAAUCCAAAGUAAUGUGUUUUUUAAAACAUUUUAUUUUACUCUGAGACCUUUAGAUUCAUGGCCAUUAUUUGAGGAAAUACGGUAUUUUCCGGUAGUUUGAAAUAGGUUUUCUCACAUGCUAUUAUUAUUAUUACCUUAAUAUUGUUGUUGUUGUUGUUUUUGGGGCACGUGUGUAAUGGCACUGAUUGUGUCUGUUGUUUGUAGCUGAAUUUCCACAAUGUGCAUUGCGAACACAUACAGUACAGUAUGUAUUAGAAUGUAAGAUUACGUGUAGUGAAACAAUAAAUUAACUUGU